GUCCCGUAGGCGCUUCCCCGGGUGCCGCCGGCUGGUGACCAAACCCAGCUGGCACUGCUGGGGAGUGGGCGCCCUGUCAGCUGGCGCCGGACACUAGCGCGGCGCCCGUGCCAGAGGAGAGGGCGCGCUGUCCCCGCACAGGGUUCCCCGGAGCACCGGUUCCAUUGACUCAAGUCCGCGUCCCGCCCGCUGGAGGCCAGCAGAGCUCCGACUCGAGAUCGGAAGGGACCGCGGAGAGACCCGUGCCCCGGGGCAAGGGGCAGAGGCCGACGGUGAGGGCCGCGAGCCGACCUCUCAAAGACUUUGCUCUCCAGCCCCGGCCCCUCCCUUUCGCCCGCUCUCCCCAGUGAGGCCCGGCUCCGAGGCCUGGGUCGGGUUGCUCAGCUCCUCGGGGUCGCGGGGGACGCGGAGGGCUCUCGAGCCGAGCUUCCUCCCCCAUUCGCAGGUGGCCUCGCUGUGCUCCAAGGCCCUGAAGAGUCCCCAGCGGGGUCUUGGGCGGCGGGAAGCCGGGACCCGAGGCGGAGCCCGCCCCGGAGCCCCACCCCGGCGGUCCGGGACGCCCUCCGCUGCCCGCCCCUGCCCAGCCCCAGCCGCGAAGGGGGUGUGGUCCCGAGUUUCUGCGUCGGCUUCCAGCUUCGCGUCCAGAUCCCACGAACGGUCCCAAGCCCGCAGCACGUUUCCCGGGAACCCCCGCGGCUUGUCCCGGUUUCCGCAGCCGGCCUCCCCCAGAACGCUCUGACGCGCUCGGGUAACGCCCUCGGCUGCGCAAAGUGCGCCGGGGAACGCUCUUAUCGUCGCCCCCUGUUGCAAGCUGCCGAGCGGCGGCGGAAAGCAUGCGGGACUACGACGAGGUGACCGCCUUCCUGGGCGAGUGGGGGCCCUUCCAGCGCCUGGUCUUCUUCUUGCUCAGCGCCAGCAUCAUCCCCAACGGCUUCAACGGUAUGUCAGUCGUGUUCCUGGCGGGGACCCCGGAGCACCGCUGCCGGGUGCCGGACAGCGCGAACCUGAGCAGCUCCUGGCGCAACCACAGUAUCCCGCUGCGGCUGCUGGACGGCCGUCUGGUGCCUCACAGCUGCCGGCGCUACCGACUCGCGGCGAUCGCCAACUUCUCGGCGCUGGGGCUGGAGCCGGUGCGCGAUGUGGACUUGGAGCAGCUGGAGCAGGAGAGCUGCCUGGAUGGCUGGGAGUUCAGCCAGGAUGUCUACCUGUCCACCAUCGUGACCGAGUGGAACCUGGUGUGUGAAGAAGACUGGAAGACGCCCCUCACCUCCUCCCUGUUCUUCGUGGGCGUGCUCCUGGGCUCCUUCGUGUCUGGGCAGCUAUCAGACAGGUUUGGCAGGAAGAAUGUCCUCUUCGCCACCAUGGCCGUGCAGACUGGCUUCAGCUUCCUGCAGAUUUUCUCCGUCAACUGGGAGAUGUUCACUGUAUUAUUUGUCAUCGUCGGCAUGGGCCAGAUCUCCAAUUACGUGGUGGCCUUCAUACUAGGCACAGAAAUUCUUGGCAAGUCAGUGCGUAUUAUAUUCUCUACGUUAGGAGUGUGCACAUUUUUUGCACUUGGCUACAUGCUGUUGCCACUGUUUGCUUACUUCAUCAGAGACUGGCGGAUGCUGCUGCUGGCGCUGACCGUGCCGGGGGUGCUGUGCGUCCCGCUGUGGUGGUUUAUUCCUGAAUCUCCUCGGUGGCUGAUAUCCCAGAGAAGGUUUGGAGAGGCUGAAGCUAUCAUCCAAAAAGCUGCAAAAAUGAACAACAUAGCUGUGCCGGCAGUGAUUUUUAAUCCCGUGGAGCUACAGGAGCUAAAACCCCUGAAGCAACAGAAAGCCUUCAUUCUGGACCUAUUCAGGACUAGGAACCUUGCAACCAUAACCAUCAUGUCUUUGCUGCUAUGGAUGCUAACCUCAGUGGGUUACUUCGCUCUGUCUCUCAACUCUCCUAAUUUACACGGAGAUGCCUACCUGAACUGCUUCCUCUCUGCCUUGAUCGAAGUUCCAGCGUACAUUGCAGCCUGGCUGCUCCUGCGAACCCUGCCCAGGCGUUACAUCAUAGCUGGCGUGCUGUUCUUCGGAGGAGGCGUGCUUCUCCUAAUUCAAUUGGUGCCUGUGGAUUACUACUUCUUGUCCAUCAGCCUGGCGAUGUUAGGGAAAUUCGGGAUCACCUCCGCCUUCUCCAUGCUGUACGUCUUCACCGCCGAGCUCUACCCAACGCUGGUCAGAAACAUGGCCGUGGGGGUCACGUCCAUGGCCUCCAGGGUGGGCAGCAUCAUCGCUCCCUACUUUGUAUACCUUGGAGCCUACAACAGACUUCUGCCCUACAUCCUCAUGGGCAGCCUGACCGUCCUGAUCGGAAUCAUCACUCUGUUUUUCCCUGAAAGUUUUGGAAUGACUCUACCGGAGACCUUAGAGGAGAUGCAGAAAGUGAAAUGCACCUAUCUUAUUUUCAGGUUCAGGUUUGGGAAAAAACCAAGAGAUCCCAUGGACAGUGAAGAAAAUCCCAAAGUCCUAGUAACUGUGUUCUGAUAAAAUCUCCACCCCACCUGGUGAACUGGAAAACGGAUACAUGAGACUCUGAAGAAACCAAAGCCUUUCCUGGUGACGGAAAGUGGUCCACCUUCCUGAUGGUGGACCAGCUGUGGCCAUGAACGGACCCUGCUGUCGAGAAAUGCUUGUCAUAUAGCAAGUUCUGGACUGCUCUUCCAGAUAAUCUCCUUAUUUUUUUAAACUAACCAUUUCUAGACAGUCCUCCUUACUAAUUCAUUUGAUGAAACAGGUUUGUAAGACUGAAAAUAUGUUGGUUGAGGACUGAUCAGUGUGUAUAAAGAUUAACACUCAGUUCCAAACAUACCACUCAGCUCUCCAAAUAAAAAGAAUAUCAUUGUAGCAAUACAACUCUCAGGUGACAACAGUGUGUGUGUGUGUGUGUGUGUGUGUGUGUGUGUGUAAGUGAGCCAGUACAUUCCAAAUUAUAGUCAUCUCUGAAAGUGGACUCAUGUGCUGCUAUAAUCAAAUGACUACAUGCAGCAUUCCUAGCCAGAAAAUUUUAUACACUCCUUUGAGAGGAAUUGAUGGCUGGUGUUAGUAGUAUUUUGCAGGGGAUCAAGUAGGCCCUGGCUCCUGUGGCCCAUGGGCCUUUAAGAAGGGAACUGAUGCAGGUCCUCUCUGUGAUGGCGGCAGCUGUAGCUCACAGACAGUUCAAUGAGCCACUUGUGUUGUGCUCUUUUUGAGCACAGGACUAAGCCUCCUGUUUCCUAAGACUGGCUUAGGAGAUAUUUCCCUGGGAAAUAGAAUCAGCAAAACCACGAAGCUGUUAGACUGGUAGAGAUGGUUCGUGUGCCCUCGGUUGAGCCAGGGGGUCAACGCCCAGGAAGAAGGCUGUCCAAGCCAACCAUCUAGGGAGCCUUUUACAACUUCCCAUUAACACGCCUUCCUAAGCAUGGCAUGCAGCUGUAUCCUCUCUAAUCGGGGCUGUGUCUGACCAGCAGUAGAGGAACCUCUGUUCCAUGAAUGAGCGGCGCAAAAGGGAAAGCUACCAUAAGCUCGGAAGAUGAAUGUCAGCUCGGUGUCACACCACGUUGUAGGCAGGCCGAGGUGACCACAUAGGCAGCAGGCACUCGUGGAGACUUGGGGAUGGCAUGCUUUCAUUGGCCAUGGCUUUCUGACAGCAGCAUGGCGACAAGCUACUGCUGAUGACCCUGCAACACAUCCAGGGCUACGGCGUGCUUGUAGAGACAGGCGGCCACUGUUUUUUAAUAUGCUGUAUGGUGGCAGCAUCUCCCCAAAUGUUAACUUUUGCUGAACAUUUUUCAAAUGAAUCUUUGAUGUAACAUCCUGACACACUCGUUAUUCCACUUAUUGAUGCAUUCAGUGGAUGAUCUCCUGACCGAGGAUCGAACCUGCAACCUUGGUGUCCGAUGCUCUGAUCAACUGAGCUUCCCGGCCAGGGCUGCACCCGUUAUUUUGAAAUUCUUAUCUUAAACUUUAAGAUAAGAAAUAAGAUAGUUAUUUAUAUCCUACUGACACACUGAUCCUACAUUUUGAUUCUUGCUUAAAAUCCACUAGAGUAUCUUAUAAUAGUUUAUGCUUUGUCAUUGGGGACACAGAUGACAGCUUGAUGUGGCUAGUGCUUUUAUCUCCCCCGCCGAUGCAGCCUGUCUGCCAUUCCACCCACCCCACCAGGCGCUAGGCUGCCGUCCCGGAAAAGGGAGGUCAUGCUGACUCCCAACAAGUUGUCCCACCAGCAGUGACUGCUCACUCUGCUGUGUUCUUCUGGUGCUUGUUGCCCUCAUCAGGUGGGCUCCUUUCUUAUCAUCCCCCACCCCCAUCUCCACGUGGCUGUCAGCCUCUUGGAGGCCCGGGACCUUGCCCUGCUUAUCUUUUGAUAAAUAUUUAAUUAAAACACUUUAUAACUCUAGCUUGAUAACAAUGUUAUUUUUGAUACAUAGAUGUUUGAAUAUUUAAACACCUAAAUAGAAAUGCUCUUUUUGUAAAUAUAAAAAGGAUGUGAUAAUUACCUUUUAUUGCUGUUGGUAUGGGUGCUUUAUAUUUUACAAUAGCUUCGAAGAGAUGACUUUUAUAAAUCUGUUUAUAGAAAGGCAGCAAGCACCAAGCUGAUUAUCUCUUUGGUGGUUCAAAGGCCAAGUUGAUCGGUACAUGCCCAAAUAAUAUUUAGUUUAAUUCAAGGUAUGUCCCUGAUUUUUAAAACUACUUUAAAAGCUGGCCUACAAAGCAAAUUCCUAAGCUUCUCGUGAAUAUCAGUCUCAGGCUCACAGCCAACGUCACACUGCAGACUAGAGUGAGGUGCGAGAGGCGUCCCGUCAGCAGAAACUUCAUGGACGUGUGUUUUAGUGCUCACCCUUUCCAACGCUUCUGAGUGAGUUUUACUGUAGUCAUGAUAUUCUGUUUUUAAAAUCCAAGAGAUUUAACUAAAAAUUCUUACACUGAAAUAGGUUCCGUUCAAGUGGAGGCAUGUAAGAAGUAUCCACUUUUUAUGUACUAGAUAGAACCAGCUAGAAAAUAUUCUGGAAAAAAACUAGAUUCCAUUCACAACAAUCAUAUAGAUGUAAAAUACCCAGAAAUAAUGUUAAUAAGAAAUGUGUAAAAACGAAGUGGAGAAAUCAUUCCAUUGUAUUAAGGCUGGACCAGAAACAUGCCGUGGUGCUGAGUGGGGAGAAUGAAUGCAUGCUCACCUAAGUAACAGGGCCCUCUGCCAUCUGCCCCACUGUUUAGCUCUCGGACUCAUCUCCUGUUACUCUCCCCACUGCUUUCUGUAGUCCCGCUGCCCAGGUCUUGCUCUCUGUGACAUGCUACCUGUGCUUCUGUAAGUUCCCUCUUACUGGAAUGCUCUUCCCAGGUAUCUGCAUAGCUCGCUCUUACUUCCUGUAUGUCUUUGCUCACAUGUUGCCUGUUUAAUACAUCCUUACCUGACCACUUUAUUUUAAAUUGUGUCCUGUUCUUUCUCUGUCCUAACCUUACCCAUCCCUGCUUCAUUGUUCUCCAUAGUUCUUGUUACCCUUUGACGUCCUAGCUAGUUUUCUUCUUCAUUGCGUUUCCUCAUUGAAGUGCUUCCCUGCAUGCCCUGAAGACCACUUCUGUAUCCUAGUUAAAACAGUGCUUGUCGCAUAGUAG